UGCAGCGCUGUCGUUGUAUUCAUUCGCGACCGUACCGCCGUCAUGUGCAGCAGGGCCGCCAUGAUCACCGCCGCGGACGAUCAGCUGCAGCAGGGCUCGGAAUCCGGCGUCGUCGCCGCCGCAGCCGCAGCCGCCGACUCGUCGCAGCAGGCCAACCUCAACCGGUACCGGUUACAUCUGUACAAUUACGCGCUGCAGGCCGAACGGUUGCGGUUGUCGGGCGGAUGGGGUGCCGUGUGCCCGGUAUAUCCGGCAGCGGCAGCGGCCAUCUACCAGCCGCGGUUUCCGGUCGCGCUGUUCCAUCCCAACAGCGGCAGCGCGGGCGGCGGACUGCAGGCGGCCGACGAGCCCAAGCCGCAACACAGCUACAUCGGACUGAUCGCCAUGGCCAUACUCGGAUCGACCGAGGGCAAGCUCGUGCUGUCCGAUAUCUACCAGUACAUACUGGACAACUACCCGUACUUCCGGACCCGGGGCCCGGGAUGGCGCAACUCGAUCCGGCACAACCUUUCGCUCAACGACUGUUUCGUCAAGGCCGGCCGGUCGGCCAACGGCAAGGGCCACUAUUGGGCCAUACACCCGGCCAACGUGGACGACUUCAAGAAGGGCGACUUCAGGCGCCGGAAGGCCCAGCGCAAGGUCCGCCGGCACAUGGGCUUGGCCGUGGACGACGACGGUAACGAUUCUCCCAGUCCGCCUCCACCGCCGCCGCCGCCACCGCCGACCCUUCAACAGCAGCAUCACCACCUGCACCAUCACCAGCAGUCGCCACAUUUGCACCACCAACACCAGCAGAGGUCGCCGCCGGCCUUGUGGCAGUCCACGGCCUGUCACCCGCAUCACCCGUUCUACUUCCAACCCGUAGUCCCACAACCCGCGGGCGUCCUGCAACAACAACAACAGCAGCAGCAGCAGCAACAGCAGCAGUUGCAACAGCAGUCCGCAGCGCUCUUGGUGCCGGCGAGGGCGCAGAAACGACAGUUCGACGUCGCGUCCCUGCUGGCGCCGGAUCCUCCGAAACGCAUGUUGCAACAGUUGCACCGGAACGAUCCGAUGGCGGCUUUGACCGCUACCGGAAACAGCGCGGGCACCGUGAGUAGCGACGACGACGACGAGACGAUAACGUGCGGCAGCCGAAACGGCAGCGGCGGCGGCGGUGGCGGCGUCUGGGAACCUGCGGGUCUGCUGCAGCGGUACUACGAGCAGCAGUUGCAGGCCGCGCACAGGUUGAAUGCGUUCCGCCAGUCGUUGGGCCUGCAGAGGAUGAUCGGAGGCGGCCCGUGGCCCGCCGUCAUCGUGCAGGACCGCAAUCAGACGCCCACGCCACCCACGCUGCAGCCGUACGCCGAGGCCACCACCCCUACGCCCGACGACACCGUCUGCAAAACCGAACUAGUCGACUGAGGUAAACGCGAUCGUUUUCCGAUUUUUUUUUAUUAUAUAAUAAUAUAUGCGCAGAUAUUGUACUCAACUGAUUUACCUACAACUUCGUUUUGUUACUGAUUCGUCUGCGUAGUGCGUCGACGUCAUUGCGUGUGAUGCGACGAUAUGUUUGAAAAAUAAUAUAAGAAAUCCAAUUAUUACAGACUUGUCGUACCUAAUAGGUAUAUCGUAAUUAUAUCCGGCAAAGUGUACCUUAUAAUGUAGGUACGAUCGUAGGUAUCCAUAUUAUACUUUAUAUUUAGGUACUCGCGAAAUCUUAUCUAGUUUUUGGUUAGUCCCUUUUGAAAAUGUAUGAUAUAAUAUAAAAGACGCUAUACUAUAUUAUUUCCUGUUAACUGUCAAAUGUGAAUAAUUCGAAAUUUCUUAUUCGAUAUAUUUGUCUGCUGUGCACGACAAUUUAUACAUAUAGCAUGUAUACGAAAAGCAUAGGCUGUUACAUUUAAAAUUUCUGCCACCGAUGAAUAUAUUAUUACAUAUUAUGUUCAACCCGUAAAAUAUUCAUUACAUUACAUCAUUAUUUGCGGUGUCAUUCUACUCGAUCGUUUUUCUCCCAGUUUAAUGGUAGUAUUAUAUUAUUAUGUACAUUUAUAGAUAGUGUAUAAAUUACAACGCAUAUAAUUUAAUAUUGUUAUUUUUCGCUAAGAUAUAUAAUGUAGUAGUCAGUUUGGGCAAGUAAAAGCUAUUAUUUCACGCGAAACGCGAUUAUAUUAUUUUAUUAUUUUUUGUUGACACCAUUAUAAAUUACUAAAUUACAAUAUUAUUGUACAAACAUG